AUGAGUGACUUGAUUAUUCCAAUUGUAAUCGACACUGGUACACAAGAGUGGAGGGCCGGUUUCGCGAAUGAACCUUUCCCAGCAGUCACUCUUGUGCCAUCCUUGCAGAACUUGGAAGGUUCAGAGGUGGUCGAAAACGGCGUUGUGCUUGAAUUCAAGGGAUCACACAAAGCCGUCUCCUACUACACCAAACACAUUCAAGACUGCCUUACUAGUCUAAAGGCGGAAUCCAGGUCAGCUCACCUCCUCCUCGCCGUUCCACAAAAGAUGUCGGACACCUAUCGAAAGAGACUGACGGAAGUGCUGUUCGAGAACUUCGACUUUCAAUCAGUAUUUUACGUUAGUCAACCACUUCUGGCCGCCUACUCAUCUGGAUAUUCUAACUGCCUCGUUGUUGAUUCCGGCUACUCCCAUACAGGAAUUCUUGCAGUCAAAAAUCUCAACCCUCUGGGAGAAAGCGAACGAGUUCUUCCCUUCGGCGGCAGAAACAUUGAUCGGUAUUUGCGACACCUAAGUGGAAAUAAACUUGCCGCCUACAACGAAGCUGACCUACGCCACAUCAAGGUCAAUUACUGUUCCGUAGCGCCAAGUUUUCCCAAAUCCAAUGACAAUGAACGAACGGUUGUCACUAUGCCAGAUGGAAAUAAGAUAACUCUAGGUGAGGAAUUAACCCUAGCUCCUGAAAUGCUUUUCAAUCCGAGUUUGGGAGGACUGGCAGAUGUGAUGCCCAUUGACCAAGCAGCAAUACGUUCAGCUUUGAGUUUGGAGGAGAACGACGCCUACGCAGUUCUGGAGACUGCUGUGUUAGCGGGAGGGAAUACAGCUUUCCCAGGAGCCGCGUCACGAAUGCAAGUUGGAAUCGCUACAAGGACUGUCCCACGGAUUAACAAGAGGGUGAUUAAGCACAGACAAAGUAUUGAGGCCGUGUGGAUGGGCGGAACGAUUAUAGCAUCCACACAAACAUACCCAAAGAUCUGUAUCACUAAGGAAGCCUAUAAGGAACGCGGAUCUGCUGUGGCUAUUGACAGGUGGCUAUAA